UGCACCACACGGUUGUUUCCGCCGGUCAGCUGUCGUCGUCUAUCGCCGAGUGGAUAGUAUUGUAAUAUAAUAUUUUCUCGUUGGCGUUCGUACUUAAACAAAAAUAAAAAAAAACCGCCUAUUUUGGGUACCCCCCACCCUGAAUCGUUCGGUGUGGUCGUGUUGACUUUACGUCAUUAAUACUGUAAAUUACCGAUCUCGUUCGUUUGUCGUGUAUUAUAAAUACUAAUGCCGCCUUUGUCGUAAUAUUAUUGUUUUGGCGCGACGGUCUUAUGCACCUUUAACCGGAAAGGACUACCCAAGGAAUACCGUCUUCGACCGCAUCCAGGAAAUAGCCGUCCGGCGCUUAACUUACAGGUUGUCCGUCUGGGUGUGCACGAUGAACUUAUGAGUUUCAUCAUAUUUGUCCGUUUCGUGCACGAAACAACCGGAAGAGAUCUGUAAUCAGAUACGUCAAGACCUUUCUUGCUAAAAAGAAGAAAAUAUCCAGUUUUAAGGUGAUUCAACGCUGUUACUACUUGGCCGACUGAGACGGUUGUCUGUCAUCAAUGGAUCUGCAAAGGCUUUAUGUUUUUGCAGUGCUCGCCUUAUUGGGCGGAACACAUUGCAUUACCAUCGAAGAACUGCCACCAGAUCACGUACGAGAGUUAUCCUGCGGCCGAAUGUACUACAGGACUUUUCACUUGGACGAAAGUCGUGACACACUAUACGUCGGUGCCAUGGAUCACGUAUACAGAUUGAAUCUAAGCAACAUCAGCCACUCCAGUUGCAAAGAUUCGAUUAAUCUGGAACCGUCGAACGUCAUAGGCUGUACGUCAAGAGGCAAAUCUGAGAAUUUUGAUUGCCGCAAUCACAUUCGAGUCAUCCAGCCCAUGGGCGACGGCAGUCGGAUAUACGUGUGUGGCACGAACGCACACAACCCCAAAGACUACGUGGUCUACUCGAAUCUGACGCAUCUGCCGAGACACGAGUACGUGCCCGGCGUGGGUAUAGGCACGGCCAAGUGCCCGUACGAUCCGCUCGACAACUCCACGGCCAUUUGGGUGGAAAAGGGCAAUCCGGGCAAUCUACCGGCUCUGUACAGUGGCACCAACGCAGAGUUCACAAAGGCCGACACUGUCAUUUUCCGAACGGACAUGUUCAACCAGACAACGGGACGCAAAGAAUUCAAUUUCAAGCGCACCUUGAAAUACGAUUCCAACUGGCUCGACAAACCGGACUUUGUGGGUUCAUACGAGAUAGGCCAAUAUGUGUUUUUCUUCUUCCGCGAGACCGCCGUCGAGUACAUCAACUGUGGCAAGAGUAUAUUUUCUCGGGUAGCUAGAGUGUGCAAGAAAGACACGGGCGGCAAGAACAUCCUCAACCACAACUGGGCCACUUACCUCAAGGCCAGACUGAACUGCUCCAUUCCCGGCGAGUAUCCGUUCUACUUCAACGAGAUUCAAAGCAUUUACAAGGUGCCGGGCGACGAUUCUCUCUUCUACGGCGUGUUCACUACUUCCACCACGGGUUUGAUGGGCUCUGCUAUUUGUACGUUCCGUCUGGAAGACGUCGAACACGCGUUCACUGGUCGUUUCAAGGAGCAGGCCAGCUCGACAUCGGCAUGGCUACCGGUAUUGACCACCAAAGUACCCGAACCGAGACCCGGACAGUGCGUCAACGACACCGAGACUCUACCGGAUUCAGUUUUGAAUUUCAUCCGUGGCCAUCCGCUCAUGGACGAAGCCGUAGCUCACCAAGACAAUCAGCCUGUAUUCUACAUGCGUGACUUGUUCUUCACCCGGCUCGUGGUUGACGUCCUGGACUACGUGGUUUUCGGUAACCAUUUGCACUACACCGUCUACUACGCCGCUACCAACGAAGGCCGCGUGUACAAAGUGGUGCAGUGGUACAACGACGAAGGAAUACCGGGAUCGGCUCUCCUCGACAUCUUCGACAUCAUGCCUGGACUACCCAUCACAGCCAUGGAAAUAUCAAAAAAGCACAAAGCCUUGUACGUGGCGUCCGACGAAAGCGUCAGGCAGAUCUACUUGUCCAUGUGUACACACCGGUACGACAGCUGUCUGCGAUGCGUUCACGACCCUUACUGCGGCUGGGAUAAACAGACUAAGACCUGCAAACCCUAUCAACCCGGACUCCUUCAAGACGUGACCAACUCGUCGCGUAGCGUGUGCGAAAGCUCCGUGGUCAACAAGAGGCUGACGGUGACGUUCGGGCAAAGCGUGCAUCUUAGCUGUUUCGUCAAAAUGCCCCAAGUGCUCAAGGUGUACCCCGUCACCUGGUAUCAUCACAGCAAAGAAAAGGGUCGCUACAUGGUGUCGUUCAGUCGCGUUGAAAAAUACAUUGCGACCGUCGAAGGCGGUAUGGUCAUCGUGGGUGCAUCCGAAGAAGACGGUGGUCGUUAUGACUGUCAGCUGGCCGGUGCGCUGUUGUGCACGUUCAACUUGACCGUAGACGCCCACCGAUGUUCGCCUCCAGCUCGGUCCCUGGACUACCACCGGGUGUACUCGGACUGGUGCCAUGAAUUCCAGAAAUACAAGAGCGCCAUGAAAUCAUGGGAGAAAAAACAAGCUCAAUGCAGUAGCUCGAGGCAAAACGAAACGGGCAUCUCCCAAGGUCUCAUUUCAAACGAAUUAAACUCAAGCCCAACGUUGUAAGCAUCCACCGUCAUCUUACCAUCUCCCAAUACCUCCAACAAAAAAACAGUAUGACGUCGUCUGGGUAGUUUCUUAAAAUACGGUUUUUCAACGUUUUACCUAUUUGUAGGCUAUAUAGAUAGGACAUAAUAAUAUUAUGAUUGUACUCUUUUAAUGUUAAUAAUUAUUAGAAAUACAUACAGACUGCCUAAGCUUCGGGAAUCGACAGACGGCGAUCGAAACUUUUUAACGAUAUAAACAUAUUUUAUCUACUAUCUUCUGUGAUAAUGUAGUUGUUAAUUUAUUACUAUUUUUAUUUUAAUGAAAUAAUAUACGUUAUAAAAUAUUUGUGCUCUGUCCGUUCGAACGGGACACCGAUUUGGGCAUAAUCUCUUCCCGUUUUAUUAUUUCAUUUUUAACGUGUGGCUAUUAUUAUUAAACAGUUUAUGGUGCUUUAUAUUAUAGCAAUACACUGUCGCGAAGAUUUUUCACUCAAAUUUAGCGCGUAGACCUAUUAAAAACAUUAUUGUAUUUAUUGAUUAUUAUUAAAUUAAAUGUACCUUUAUUAUUAUUAUUAAUUAUUGAUAUCGACAAUAAUACUAGGUUUCUCGACAUCCAUUUUUAGCGUAAUACAAUCAACAACUACCUACUUAUGUAUUUUCUAUAAGUACCUACCUAGUGAAUAGUAUGUUCAAAUUAUUGUGACCGAUCACUUAAACAAGUAGGUAUAUUUAUCAUUUAUAUAAAUUAAAUAAAUUAUAUUUAAAUAAGUUUUCCCUUUGUGCCUAAAUUAUAGUUCAAGUCUUAGAAAGCAUAGGCAUCCUACAUCAAAUUUAUAUUGUAAAAAUAAAAAUACCAAUGAAAAAAAAAAUUGCUUAUCAUAUAAUAUGUAUUGAAUUUUUUGUUUUCAAUAUUUACAUCUCAUAAAAAAACUUUUUUCAUCUCGUUAACUUGUACUUAAACUUUACCUAUUAG